GAUUUUUGGAGGACUAACCAAGAGAAAUUGGAUCGCUGCUUUGCAAAGACUUUGGCUGAUGAGGAGAGAGAAGCCAAAUAGAAGGAAGAAGAAGAGAAGACUAGGAGAAUUAAAGAGGAAGAGGAUAAAAAAGACGAGUGGAGGAAGGAACGAGAGCGCCCUGAGGCAGAAAUGAGUGCUCGAUUGGAUAAGCGUAUGGAGGAGAAGAACGAUGCAAUGAAGAAGACGGGAGAUGAGGUCACUGUAUCGGAAGAAAUGGAGAAGAUACGUAAGGAGAAUGACCGUUUGGGGAGACUACUAUUAAAGGAGGAUGUGGUUAACGAGGGUAGUAAGGUUGCUACGCUUCAUAAGGAAAUCAUGGAGCUUAAGCAGCAGGUGAUUGUGAAGAAAGUCGCAGAGGAUGACAUAUUCUCUAUGAAACAGGAGAUCGACCAGUUGAGAUCUUCUGCUUUGGCCAAAGGUAACUUUGAAUCGAAGCUUGAUGGCUUAUGUACUGAAGUUAGCAGGUUGAAGAUACAGGGGAUGAAAGAUAGGGAGGAAGUUGAGGCGUGGAAGGGGGAAGCUUUGCGACCAGGCAAACAAGAGUGGCAGCGUCGUAAUCGGCACUCCCGAUGGACUGCCACGUGGAUCUUCGCAGCCAUCAUCAGAGAAGUAGACAAAUGGAAACAGGAGUAUGUCAAGAUGAAAGAGAUGCAUCGUGCGGCAAGUCGGGAGACCGAAGUGCUUAAAGGGAAGCAGGUUGUUGCCGAAGGAGAGGUGAUUAAGCUCAAGGAGCAGCUCAGCAAAGUACCUGCUGAGGAAUCUGACACACAACGCUUUAUGUCUGGGUAUGGUGAUCACCGGGAUCGAGGUUAUGAUAACCGCGAGCGGCGUGAUCGAGGGCGCGAUGGACAGGAUUAUAGAGAGGGUGGUUAUGAGCGGGAAUCACGCCGUUGCCCGAUUCGGUGUUUCAAUUGUGACGAGCUGGGGCAUUAUGCUAACCAGUGCACUCAGCCAAGGCGACAACGUGUAUCUCGACCAUCGUCUUCAACGGAUUCGCGGGGCGAUCGAAGUCAAGGCAAGCGCUCUACCUCCGGUGAACUGUUGGAGUCAAAGGUGGCCGAGAUCAGCAAGAGCGUGGCAGCGGUCUGCCAAUACGUUGAAAUCGAACAACAGAAGAAAGCUAUGAAGGAACGGAGGAAGAUGGAGAAGAAGGAGGCAGAAGAACGUGCGGAAGCGGAGCACGCUGAAGCGGAAUUGAAGCGCAAGAAGAAGGAGGAGAAGUUGCGUCGUGAUGCUGAGAAAUUUGAAGAGGUGAAUAAGCACCUGGAUAUUAAGGUCGCUUUGCGUGUCGGAGAGCUGCGUGAAGACGUUCAAGAGGAUGUGCGCUUUGAGAUUCGUGAGACGAGCAACGAGCUGUGCAGGACGGUGGCACGUGGUAAACAGAAGGCGAUCCCACUUCCGGGAUCUGAUCAAGAAAGCGGUGCUAGUGGUAGUGACACCGAGGAGAUCAGUGAACGUACACGUAAGCUGUGCAUAUCGCAGAAGCAUAAAAGAGGCCCUGGACCGGUCUUUGAAGGAAGUCCUCCGAUGAAGCAACCUCCUAGGCGGACACCGAGGAAAGUGACGAAGCCUGCGAAGUUGACCGAACGCCUUACGCGCGCCAAAGCAAAAAGACAAGAAAAUAUGCCUACGCCAAAGAAGACUCCCCCAUCGAUUCGAAAGAAGGCCGAUGUGGCUGGGCUUGGAGCUGUCAAACGCUUGAGAUUCAAGAAAAAGAUUAUGAACGAUCUCAAAGGUCUUGAUGCUCUGGUGCUGCAGAACAUCUGCAGGGAUGAGGAUAUCACUUACAAUGGUAAGUUUGAGUCUAUUUUCGAUAUUGCUGUGCAUCGUGCGCAACUCGCCUUUGGACCUGAGAGCGAUGAAGCUGCGUCUGCCGAACCUGAUGACGUCAGUACCGAUGUGGUUGAGGAGACGACGCAGAGCACUGAGGGGUGAUGCAUUUUCAGUAUUGCUGAUCUUUGGGAUAUUGUCAGUAGCUU